UGAAGAAAUUGAACUCUUUGAGGAAAUAAAAUUUGAACCCAGUUUGAUGUGUGAAAAGAUCGACAGUAUGUUGAGUUUUUGUGAGGGCCAGCUAGAAGAUGGGGAUAUAAUUUGCUUUCAGAAAUCCCUUCAAAAUCAAUGCACUGAACGAUAUCGCUUUCCUGAGGUUCCUUCAUUUUUGGAGUACAUGCACAAUCGCCAGCCAAAAGAACACGAAAUGCUUGUUCCUAGUUCCGAUUUUCCUACUAAGAAGCCUCAGCCGGUCAAAGUUGCACCAGCGGACACAUUAAGUACGGUGGAUACUCAGGUGGUGGAUGAUGUGGCAUCUCCACGGUUCACAUGGACUAUUGACAACUUUUCAAGGUUGAAUGUGAAGAAGUACUCUGAUGUGUUUGAUAUAGGAGGAUAUAAAUGGAGGAUACUGAUAUUCCCAAAAGGAAACAACGUAGACUAUUUAUCUAUGUAUUUAGAUGUGGCAGAUGCCGCAACGUUGCCUACUGGUUGGAGUAGACAUGCUAAAUUUAGCUUAGCUGUUGUCAAUCAAAUUCAUGGCAAGUUCACACUGAGAAAAGUGACUGAACACCUUUUUACAGCAGAAGAGAGUGACUGGGGUUUCACAACGUUCUUGCCUCCUACUGAAUUAAAUGAUCCUGGAAAAGGUUUUCUUGUGGAUGAUAAAGUCAUAAUUGAAGCUGAUAUUACUUUUCCUAAAGUUCAUUGAUUGCUGAAAGUUUUAGGUAAGGAUAUAUACAUAAUACAUGUAGAGAUAUUUCGUACCUAGGGUUUAAACCCGUGAUUUCUAGUUAAGGAUGGAUGCAUCCUAUCCGACCACCACAACCUUUGGUGGCAAGAUCACAUUACCUAUCCAUCCAUUUUAUUUGAAUGCAAGUUAUUGAUAGACAAGCUUGAAAGAACCCAUGUUUUAUUAUGAUGCAUAUUAGUAUAUCAAAUUAAUUCAAAAAUCAGUUUAGCGUA